AUGUCGAAAGCUUCUCAACCCGAGCUCAAAAAAUUUAUGGACAAGAAACUUUUUGUCCAACUCCAAGGUGGAAGAAAAGUCUCUGGCACUCUUCGUGGAUACGACCUUUUCCUUAAUCUUGUGAUCGACGACGCGCACGAAGAGAGUGAACCAGGAAGUAGACAUCCUAUCGGGACUGUUGUAAUAAGAGGAAAUAGCGUGACAACCAUGGAAAGUCUUGAGGCGAUUCGUUAG